ACAACAAUAACAGUAAUAAUAAUAAUAACAAUUAUAAUGGAAAGGUGGGGGGGAAGGUAAAAAACAAAGGAAAAGGGAAAAGGAAAACAAGCGGUACACAGUACAACUGCUCAGCGCCCGCUGACCGAUGCCGAGCCAGUCCCCAAGCAGCGACCCCCCCCAGCUAACCCUCCGAGUUUCUAUACCAAGGAUGACUCCCAUGGCAUGGAAUGCAUGGAAUACCUCUUCAGCUGCUCCAGGUCAGCUGCGCUGGCCAUGUCCCUUCCCAGUAUCUUGUGCCCCUCCAGCCCUCUGGCUGGCAAGGCCCGGGAAACCAAAAAAUCCUUGACUUAGUAUAAAUAUUAUGCAGCAAUAACUGGAAACAUCACUGUGGUUAUCAACAUUGUUCUCACAUCAGAGCCAAACCACAGCACUGUACCGGCUACUAAGAAGAAAGUUAACUCCAUCCCAGCUGAAACCAGAACAACACUUCCACAUACAGUUAGUAGCUACACACAAGAACUACAGAGCCUAAACAGUAGCUGGUCCCAAGGACGUAGUUGACUUAAAUGUUAAUUUUUCAUGUACUGGAACAACGGAUAGGUUUGUUUUUACACACUGGAGCGAAGGCUUACGAAGCAUCUAUGGCACAAAGAUUUAUGAAGCAGCUACAGCACUGUACCACCUCCACUCUUCCCCGCAGCUCCUGCUCAGCCAGAGAGGUCAUGGUACUGUACCCAAAGGCACUGACAUCACAGAGGUGUCAUCUGGAACCCAGUGUGAGACGGAGACACUGCAGACACUGUUUCACACUUGGUGAUGUAGAAACUAGGCUGUUUCCAGCCAGGCACUCUGCCAAGGAGUCAGGUGAGGCACAGACACAAAGUGCUUCCUGACAGCCUUGCACCAGACACCUGCUUGGCAUGGCCACGACAAUGCAGCUUCCAUAGGGCCACUCGCAGUCCCCAAAGGGCUGGGCAGCCUGGAAGGUCUUAGAGCAUGUCUCCUUUAGGUAGACAGCAGGCCCUGAGACUCAUGUUUCUUCUUUUGGGGAUGGGGAUGUCUUUGGAGAGGAGCAGCUGCCCGAGCCAGUGUAGCUGCCAGAACCUGGCAGUGAACUGCACAGGGCAGCAGUUGCUGGAGCUCCCUGUGGCCAUCCCACUGGACACCAGGCAGCUGAUUCUGGCGGCCAACAACAUCUCAUACUUGCCGACAGUGGAGCUGACCUUCCUGGCUGAUUUGGUCUACCUGGACUGCAGGAAGAACCUCUUGGGGGAUGACCUGGAUUUCACUUUCCUAGGUAUGGCCAAGCUUGUCUAUCUGGACCUGAGCUUCAACAACCUCACACGGAUCACCUUCAGCACCUUCUCACACCUCCACAGCCUGGUGGUGCUAAAGAUCUCAGACAAUCCCAACCUUGUGGCCAUCAAGAAGGAUGCUUUCUCCAACAACACCUGGCUGAGGCACCUGGAUGUCAGCCGGACGGGCUUGACAUUCCUGGACACCAGCACUGUCCAGGACCUGCCCAACCUGAGCUUUCUGGCAUUCAGUGACAACCGGUGGCACUGCAACUGUUCCUUUUUGGACUUCAUCACCUGGGUGACAGAGAGCAACGUUCAUUUUCCAGAUGCUGACAACAUCACCUGCUACACCCCAGAAGGCCUGCGUGCCCUGAAAAUGCCUGCAGUGGAGGCACAGCUCCACUCCAACUGCCUGACCCAGCUCUACAAGCAAGACUACAUCUUUCUGUGUCUCAUUGGCUUCUGCAUAUUCUUUGCCGGCAUCAUGGCAGCCUGGCUGGCUGGCAUCUGUGCUGUCAUCUACAAAGUCUACACUUCAAAAGGAGAGGAGGAGGAGGAGCAGGAGGAAGACAGUCACUUAGGAUCAGCCCUACAAAUCCCUCUAACUCCCAUCAUGGCAACUGAAGGCAGGUGAUUUCCCACAUGAUGUUCCACUCUAGAGUCUGUUUUUUUUAAAGUGAAAUAAAACUGCAAGAGAAAAAACUCCCUGCACUCCAGUUUCACUCACAGUGCUGCUUCCCCUU